GUAGGUAAUUCUGCAUAGGUGUUGCAACAGAUGGACCUGAGAAGAACUUUGCGUGUUAGUGUCAUUCUUGUCUUCUUUCUCAUGAGGGAUGCUAUGUCGUGGAGAAAUCAACAGAGACCAACCCAUUGGUGGCUUCGUUCUCAUUUUAGACUGAAAAAGCCAUGUAAAGGAGGCAACCUUAUGAAAAUUGAUACAAACCAAUGCACGGUUUCUAACGGGAAGCAGAAGUGCGAGGCAAAAUGUAAUGGCUGGUAUACCAAACAUCCCACAACGAGUUUCCAACUGGUUCAAUUAAGAAGAAAAAAAUGCAUUCAAUUUUCCGACGACCUUGACAGGAAAUUUUCAUUAAAAGCUGUCAAUGGUACGAGUGUCACUUUUGAGAAACAGCGAUGUACCACUGAAAGCAAUUUCCUGUUUGCCGAGAAAAGAGUUGGAAGACUAUAUCAAUAUCUACACACGGUCGGAAAUACUACUUUGUGCUUAGGCGUACCUGGAGACUGCGGUGUAACCUUAUCCCUUAUAAGAGCCGAUGGAAAUGAUAGGCGUUGUCUGUUUAGGAAACAUAGAAAGCGAAUAUAAGUUUUUGCUAACAGAACAUGCACCAUUGGUAAUUUGGGGAUAAUUUGAAAAAAAUCGACUUUCUUCAUGAAAAGUGGUGUC